GUCGCGUCAUCGGCGUCGCGUAGUUUAUCGGUAACUACGGGAACGUUUGGUAGCGCAGCCACAGUCACAAGCCGCUACUAUCAUCCUGUCAGCGCUAGUGAACCAUCGCCGGUGGUGUCUAUUUUCUGAUACCCAAAAACCUCUCGCACCAAAAAAAGCCCAGUUUUUCUAGCAGCUAGUCGCAAGCGUCCCGCCGAUUUUUUUUUACCAAUAUGGUGGCGCCAGUUAGAAGUAGCGUGCUGGCAGUGAUGCUACUGCUAGCAAUACCAGCUGCAAUCGUAGAUGCUCAGUUCAAGUGCCCCAAGAACCGUGGCCAGUUUGAGGAUGAGGUACAGUGCGACAAGUACUAUGUGUGCGAUGAAGGUGAAGCCACCGAAAAGCUCUGCCCGGACGGUCUCGUCUUCGAUCCCACGAUCAAGCUGAUUAACAAAUGCGACCAGCCAUUUAACGUCGACUGUGGUGAUCGUCUCGAACUGCAACCAGCACAAGGCACUACUGACUACUGUCCACGGAAGAACGGGUUCUUCAGCCACCCGGAUCCAUCCAUUUGCAACGUCUUUUACAGCUGCAUCAACGGUGAGGAGCUGGAGAUGAGCUGUACUGGUGGGCUACACUUUGACGAGAAGUCCGGCACCUGUGUGUGGCCAGAUGUGGCGGCUCGCGAGGGCUGUGGAAGCAAUGCCAACAAGAAACUUAACGAUGGCUUCCAGUGUCCGAAGGAAACGCGCUACGACAAGAACGGACAGGUCAUCACGCACCCGAACUAUCCGCAUCCGACUGACUGUUCCCGGUUCUACUACUGUCUGAACGGUAUUGAACCACGUCUUGGACAGUGUGACGCCAAGAUGGUAUACAACGAGGAUCUGCAGCGCUGUGACGAUCCGGAAAACGUCCCGGAGUGCAAAGACUGGUACAAGGAGGAGGAAGCUACCAGGAACUGAAUAACCUAACCGGCCGCAGCGCCCUCAUUCUGUGUGCCCAGAGCUGCUAUAUGGCUGCUACUUUGCUUUGUGAUACAUGCUUCUUUUCCAUUCACAAUAGAUGACUGCUUACCGUUUCAAGCUUUACCGUUAGCGUAACGUUAGCUCACUGCAAACCUUCUAGGUACUAGGUACCGGGAGACACCGGACCAGGGCAGGGCAUAACAGAAGAAACUUCAAAUCAAUUCCCAGAAACGACGGACAGUUUCGUCCCAAAGCAGUGCAAACGGUGCUGUCAGGUCACGUCCGCUGUGCACCAUCAAUCAAUCAAUCACUCACGAUCAAUCACCCACAUGUACCUGAGCACUUGAAGCACACCGCUGAGAGCUCUCCAACACCCCGAGAGUCUAUUGACCUUCUGUCUGUCUUUUCAUCUCCUUUACCGACUGAUCUGUUUCAAUCUUGCUUUUAUCUCUUGUACUGUUUUGUCUAUCAUUUCCAACAUUUUCGGAUUAACAUACUCUCUCCAUUGCUUUUCUAUCUUCUCUCCUCCUUUACUUAAUUCUUCUUACGCACCGACGCCACCUUUUCACAUUCACCAUUUGCCAACACUUAAUGCAAUUCACCUACAUCCUGAUGAGCGUCAAUACCCGUAUGCAACGCAUACCCACAUCAACUUCAUACUUUCAUCAUCUCUAUGCAUUAAUAUACCUCCGCCUUCGGUUUUCUGUUUCUCCCUGCUCCGGAUACUUUUCGUUUUCCGUUCAGUUGGUUCCUCAUCUUGUUGUUGCACCUCAGCUGACGUGACUCAAUAGCCGCCGAAUGCAAUAAAGAUGCCUCUUUUUUGGGCAUCGCAUAGUUUCGUUGUCUUUUUUUUGUUGUUGUAAGUUUCUUCUCACUGCGUGCGUGAUGCGCAACGUUGCGUAAGCUUCCUACCGGGAGCGAAUAUUUGCAUAAUCUUAAUAAUCUGAAUCCAUAAGUAGUCAAAUGUUGAGAGGGGAAAAAGACAAAAACAAAAAAUACAACACACCCCAAAACCCCCCCCCCCCCCCAGGUAGGACGAAUCAAUACAGCAAAUAGAGUCUGAAAGAAGUUGACCUUCGGCACAGGUAAAACUUUAUCGGAAUAAAACAUAAUGCCUGAUGUAUAAAGGAAUAAGAAUAAUAAAAUGAAGAAAACAAAACAAGAAUUGCUGGCGAAAGCGAAAA